AUGGCCGAAAAACCUUCGUAUGUUACGUACUGUGCUUCUGACGCUCUCCUGCAGGAUGAGCAUGUACCCCUGAGCAAUCUCGUCUCGGAAGACGGUUCCCCUGAUCAUCUCGCACUGCGAAAGGACGCCUUCUGGCGUAAUGGAAAGAAGUUGAAGGUUCGCUUCCUCAAUGGCACCCCUUUUGUUCAGGAAAAAGUCCGGUACUACGCCCAGAUCUGGGAAGAGUUUGCCAACAUUGAUUUCCAAUUCAUUAUCGAGGGUGAUGCCGAGAUUCGCGUUGCCUUUAAGUGGAAGGGCGAUCGUGGCUCCUGGUCACACAUCGGAACUGAUGCUGUCCGACUGACCAUUGGCCAAACAUCGCCCACCAUGAACUUUGGCUGGUUCGACGAAGAGACGCGAGAGGAAGACUUUGCUCAAACAACGGUUCACGAGUUCGGCCACGCUCUCGGCUGCAUCCACGAGCACCAAAGCCCAGUUUCUUCGAUCAAGUGGAACGAGCCCAAGGUGAUUGAAGAAUGCAAGAAAUUAGGAUGGGAUGAAGCAACGACUCGUCACAACAUUCUCAACAAGGCCGGCUCCAAGGGCACCUAUAACUCCAACUUUGAUCGCAACUCAAUCAUGUGCUACUUUUAUCCGGCCGACUGGACCCUCGACGGAAACGGAACACCCAAGAACCUUGUGAUGUCGGCAAUGGAUAAGAGUUUCAUAGGCAAAAUGUACCCGUUCCGAACCCGUGAUGAGGGUCAGCUCGCUGUGACGGACAUCCGUCCCUGGUACCCCCCCGUGGCACUUAAUUCCCGUUCCAUUACCUUCAGCACGCCAUACUUGCAGAUACCAAAGAUUGUCCUCGGUCUCACACAGCUGGAUCAGUCGUUUGCCUCCAAUGUCCGCAUUCGGUUGCAGGCCACUCCAAUUCGCGAGACAGACUUCACUCUCAAUAUGGAUAGUUGGCAAGACACAGACCUAUACAAUGCGGGGGCCACCUGGCUUGAGUUUUCCCAAGACGAGACGAGCUUCGAAGUUGGUGACUUUAUCACAUUGGACCAUCGCCCUUUGGGCAUCCAGCCCAAGCCUGACGUAGAUGGUGUUCGUCGCGACGUCUUGCACGUCGACUUUCCCGAGAACAAGUUCAAAGAGGCCCCCAACGUCAUGGUAUGGAUCAAGGGGUUUGAAAUGGCCAAAGGAGCCAACUGGCGGCUUCGAGUACUCGCAAAAAACAUCACAGAAACAGGCUUCGACCUGGCAGUCGAGUCCUGGGCUGACACCGUAGCUGUCAGUGCAAGUUGCACCUGGGUGGCGUACCCCAGAAACCAGGAGGGUGUCUUGAAUGGUCGCGUUUGCUCCUCCGACUACCGCACCUGGUACCCAGCCAAAGCGCAGAACAGCGGGGCGGUCGCGUUUUCCAAGCCGUUUGACAGAAUUCCCAAGGUCUACAUCGCCUUGAACGAGCUGGACAUGGACUCGUCUCGCAACUUGCGAAUCAAGGCGUUUGCGGACAAGAUUACGGCCAAGGGCUUCACCUGGCACGGAGACACCUGGGCGGACAGCCUGCUCUCGAUACUCAUUUCAAUGGCUGGGAAAGCAGUUCUCCUGCUGGCGUCUCUCGCCCUUCAGGUAUCUGCCUUGACACUACCCGGUUUGCCGCAGUUGACAUUGCCAUGGGGCAAGUGGGAGGCGACCCCUUCCCCUGGUGACCCAAAUAUAUACCUGUUCCAAAACGUUCGCUUCGGAGCCAAGCCUGAACGCUUCGGUGCCCCAACGUUUCCAAACUGGCGCAGCAAUACAAUUCAAAGGGUGACACAGAACACCAGCUGCAUUCAGAUCGAUCCUUCGCAGCUCAAGAAGCCACCAGGUGGUAAAGAUCCACUCGGAGACCCCAGCGAUGCCGACCUGACGGAGACGGAGGACUGUCUUUUCCUCGACAUAUACGCGCCUGCCUCGGCCUUUCAACCAGGGGCUCGGCCCCUGCCAGUUGUUGUAUGGAUCUAUGGAGGUGCCUUCGCCUUCGGCACCAAGAAUCAGGCCGGCCCGCUCUACACGGGACAGUCGGUGUUGCAUGCCUCCGGCUACCAGACCAUAUUCAUCGUCGGCAACUACCGAGUCGGCGCCUACGGAUGGCUUGCCGGAGACUACAUGCAAAAAGUAGGUCAACCAAACGCCGGCUUGCACGACCAAGCGUUGUUGUUUCGCUGGGUACAAAAUUACGUCCGACAGGUCGGGGGCGACAGGAACCGAGUCAGUGCCUGGGGAGAGUCUGCCGGUGCCGGCUCCAUCUUGCACCAUGUCACCCGAGAGGACGGCCGAGUUGACCCCCUAUUCAGCACGCUCGCCGUUCAAAGUCCAGCUUUUGAAUGGGCCUGGGACAACACGCCGGGGGGGAGGCUCGACAACCUGUACAGGAACUUUUCCCUCCUUGCAGGCUGCAGCUUUGACUUUAAUAUUACUUGUCUGCGAUCCGCCAGUGGAAAGAAACUGGCCCGAGCGAAUCAGCAACUGUUCAACAACGUGAGGCAAACAGGCCUCUUCCCUGUCGGUCCUGCCGUGGAUGGAAAAUGGAUCAAGUCCAUUCCUACGCUGGCUUUUGCACAAGGUAAGAGUCGAGAACGACAAGCCGACGCCCUUCCUGGUGCCCAUGCUAACAUCAGAGGAACAGGCAAGUUCUGGAAAGGCAUCAAGUCGGCCAUCAUAUCGCAUUGCGCCAACGAGCCCCAUUCGUUCACGCCACCAGACAUUGAUAACCAAACACGGUUUGACGAAUUCCUCACUACCUUCCUCCCUGGUGCUGUGUUGGAACCCGAGAGGGACAAAAUCAGGGCACAGUACGACUGCUUGACCAAAUUUGGCGGCGACUUCCAGGAAUGCAUCGCUACGGUGAUCAGGGACGCUUCCUUCACCUGCAAUACCCGAGACCUUUUCGACUCGUACUCAGAUAGAUCGUACAUGAUGCACUACGGUUUCCCGCUGGACAAAUAUGCCUAUCACGCGAGCGACCUGAUUCCCUUGUUCAUGAACAACCGCACCGAGGCCGAGCAGUUGCUGAUCAAGAGCGGGCUUAACGAAACGAUAGCCGGACUCUACGCCGGUUCUCUUAACGACAAGGUCAAGCAGUAUUAUCAAAAUUACUUUGCAUCGUUUGCCCUGUCCGGAAAUCCAAACAGGUUGCUGCCCAGCCCACCAAGGCAAUGGCCGAUCGCCAAUGGGGCACGAGAUCAGCUGUCGGACGUCAUGCACGUCGGUUGGGCCUUUUCCAAAGAGCACGUCUUUCAACUCGACGAAGACGAGCAGAAUAGCUCAAGUGCCUGUUCCUUUUGGACAGAGAUCGCCAAGGACAUCACUCAACAUCGGACGGCUGGUCAGGGACACGGCUCUCCGUCCCAGGGUCCAGGCGAGGCGGAUGAGCUCUAG